AUGAGGACUGUUUGUGCUAAAUCUUCAAAGAGAGAAGUUGGCUUCACCUUUGAGAAGAAAGGAAAAGAAGCUACAAGUAGUGUAGAUGAUGAAGAAUCGGAUGCAACUGAAGCCAAACUUGUAAGAAAAUUAAAGAAAGGAUCUGGCAAAUAUAAAGGUAAAUUACCCUUCAAGUGUUUUGAUUGUGGGAAAAUAGGACAUUUUGUUGCUAGGUGUCCUUAUAAGAAGAAGGAAGGCAAUAAUGAGGAGAGUAUCAAGGAUAAAGAUAAAAAGUUUUAUAAAUCUAGGAGAAGAAAUUUUCAAAAGAAGAAAAUUCUUUACACUAUUGAUAGUGACGUUUCUGAUGAUGAAAGUGAGUCAGCUGAGGAUUGCAGUGAAGAUGAAAAACAAACUAAUCUCUUCAUGUCUCAAGAGAUCCAAAAUGAGGAUAAAAUAUCAAGGUGUGAUAGUGGAGUUCAAUCCAACAAUUUAUUUGACAGUGAUAAUGAAGAUGAAGUUGAUGUUGAAGUUGACCUUGAAGGAGAAUUAGUCUGUGCUCUUGAAGGAAUAGACAAGGUAAGGAAAGAGUAUAAAAAAUACAAGAAAUCAACCAUAAAGGAACAAGAUCAGCUAAGCAAAAGCAUUGAAGAAUCUAAUCUGAAUAUUAUUGCCUUAACAUCUCAAUUAGAAGAUGCCAAAAAGUUGUGUGAAGUAAUAAAAUCAGAAUUGAAAGCAAAAGAUGCCAAAAAUUGGCAGAAAAAACAUAUAAUCUUAGGAAAGAUCUUGAGAGGUGCAGGGAAGAUCUCAAAGUCAGGAUAA